AUGACCAGGCACUUGGGUCGGGCAGAUAGAACGGGUAAUGGGUCAAGUAGUUUGGGCGGGCAGAUAGAACAGCAACAAGAAGUUGCAGUCGAGAUGGAGAAGAAAACAGAAGAGAUGGUGAUGCUUAUGUUAAACAUUUUACACUUCAAGAACUGUCACCCUUUACAGUAUGUUAAACCUAAGAACUGCUCUUGGGUCUGGACUAGUAUCUGCGUUGGUAUUGAAAUUCUUAAGAAACACUCAAUGUGGGAAGUUAGGAAUGGUUUAAAUAUUCAUGCUUUUAGAGGUAAUUGGAUCCAUGAUAUGUCUGAGCCUAUGUGUCGUAACUACCCUAAUCUUGACCAUAUGGUUUGUGAUUUUAUUGACACCCCUACUAGAUCUUGGAAUCGUGAGUUAGUCGAAGAUUUUUUCACCACUGAUAAUUGCAAUAAAAUUCUUAAUACUAGAAUCCCAUUUUCAGGAUCUGAUAGACUUAUCUGGCCUCAUACCAAAUCUGGCACUUUUUCGGUAAAGUCCUGUUAUCAUAUCAUUUCUAGGAGAGCUGAUACUAGUACUAGUUUGAUAGUUAAUGAUCCAAUUUAUAAGACCAUUUGUGGGUUGCCUGUUAUUCCUAAAGUUCAGUUAUUUUUGUGGGAAUGCUGUGAAAAUAUCAUUCCCUCUAAAUAUAGAGUUGGUAGAUAUAAUGCUAAUCACAACCUUAUCUGUAGCAUGUGCCAAGCUAAUGUAACUGAAACAGCUGAACAUAUUAUUCUGCAUUGUGAUUUUGCUGUCUCUUUGUGGAACUCAGUUCCAUGGGGUACACAUAUUCUGCAAUCUCGUAAUACUACUAUCACUACUAAUACCUGGUUAAAGACAUUCUGGAUAUAUAGUACACUAUCAAUGAAUCAAAAAUGUACUAUUAUCACUACUCCUUGGUAUAUUUGGAGGGAUAAAUAUAUGCUUGUUUUUCAAAACCAAAGUCUGAACAAAGAUUCCACUGCCAGUAUAAGAAUUGAUAUUGUGGUUACUGAUAUAACAGGCACCUACAAGGGUUGUAAAAUUCAUCCAGCAAUAACCAGAGAUGCUGAGGAAGCUGAAAACUUAGCAAUCUGGAGUUUCAAUUCGCUGGCUGAUAAAGCAGCCAAGCAUUGUGGACAGAACAGAGUAUCAGGUGUAUGGCAGUUUGAUCAGCCUUAUUUCGUUACUCAAAACUCUGUUAUUUGA